AUUGUCAGUGCUGCCACCUGCAUGAACUUGCUCAAAAUAAAUUUGUACGCAGAUGGCGCGUAAGUCAAUUGCGCGAGAAUUGAGUUUUGUGAUGAUUUUCCACCGCUGGACCACAAAUUUUAAUUUCUUAUCAAUUUGUUCGAGAUAAGGAAAAGUGCUUGUCAUCAUUCAAAGGCUGAGCCGAGAGCACUCCAAGAGUGCCGAAUUUCGUUCUCAUGUUGAGAGGCUUUUUCAGGGCAGGGCAACAGGUUUUGCAAACUGCCAAACAGCGAAAGUUCAAGGUCGGGAGGUUCUACAGCUACUCAUCGGUCACUUCCAGGGUCUACAACUCGUCAGACAUGAUUGACAUAGACUUUCGAAGUGAUACUGUCACAAAACCUACAGAUGCUAUGCGUCAGGCAAUGGCAAGUGCCGUCGUUGGAGAUGACGUUUAUGAAGAAGAUCCAACUGUUCAAAAGCUGGAGAGAAAAUCGGCUGAAAUGAUUGGAAUGGAAGCAGCACUGUAUGUUCCCAGUGGUACAAUGAGCAAUUUAAUUGCAGCUUUGACCCACUGCAACCAGAGAGGCUGUGAAAUGAUUACUGGAGACAAAACCCACAUGUUUCUGUACGAGCAAGCUGGAGUUUGCCAAUUCGGCGGUGUUUCGAUAAACACGGUAAAAAAUUUACCAGACGGAACUUUUGACCUGGCCGAGAUGCAAAAGCACAUUCGCUCCAGAGAUUUGCACGAACCGACCACAGCUUUAAUUUGCGUUGAAAACACUCACAACAAGUGCGGAGGACGAGUUCUGCCUCUGUCGUGGUUGGACGAGCUUGUGGAGAUUUCUAAAAAACGCAACCUUCCCCUUCACAUGGACGGGGCUCGCAUUUACAACGCUGCAGUUUACUUAGGAGUUCCUGCAAAGCGAAUCGUCCGAGGCUUUUCAUCGGUCAGCGUUUGCCUCAGCAAAGGUCUCGGAGCUCCAGUCGGAUCAAUUUUGCACGGCCCAAAGGAAUUUAUUGCUAGAGCAAGGCGACUUCGUAAAGCCCUGGGUGGCGGAAUGAGGCAGUGUGGAAUUAUUGCCGCGGCUGGAAUUGUUUCCCUGGAUUCGAUGAUUGACCGUCUGGCUGUGGACCACGCAAACGGAUUAGCUCUGGCUAAAGGAAUUGCUGCCUUGAAUCAUCCUCUAUUCAAAGUGGUCGUCGACAGCAUGCAGACGAAUAUUUUGGUGUUUGAAGUUGACCCGAAAAGAGUCGACGCCAAAGAAUUUUGUGCAAAACUCCAAGAGACCACCGACGAGCAGCUCAGCGCUUUGGGAGGAAAAGAUAUCUGCGUAAAAGCCGUACCAUUCGAAGCUCAGCUCAUCCGGCUUGUAAUUAACCACCAUAUUACUGCAGAGAUGGUUGAUUUGGCGCUGCAGAAAAUAGCCGUUGUCAUGAAAGAGUACAAUUAGGGAUUGGAAGAUUUAAAGAAUUACAAAUUCUUUUAGAAGAGGAAGUCAAAUUAUAUUGCAUAAAUGCUGUGCAUCUGCAUUAUUUUAAACAAAAGAAUAAAUUUUAAAAAACCAAAAUAAAUCCUUAA